GUAGGUUUCGAUUGUCCGCAGUAAUAAGCCUAGGAGAGGAAAUUUCGUCGUGCAAGUGAAAAGUCGUCCAAUCAACUUGGAUGCGACGAAAAGCCGAUUCAGGCAUUGGGAUUGGUCCGGAGCGCGAGACUUUCAGGCAGUUUAAUUUCCUAGGGCGGGGGAGAGAGACAGCGUCCGCACUGGCAGACGUAGACAUACACACGUACGUAUUCAUACACGCACGCACGCACGCACGCAUACAUGGAUGGACGCGCGCGCACACUCGUAAAGGCACUCUGAGAGGCCAACAAGAGCAUAGCACUGCCAUCGGGCACAAGGAGACGUUGUGCGCGCUUGAUUACUCCGGAUAUUUUCUUCAAGAAAGUUGAUUAUAAGACUUCGACGAGAUGGCACGUACCAAGCAGACAGCACGUAAGUCCACUGGAGGAAAGGCCCCUAGAAAACAGCUGGCCACUAAAGCGGCGCGCAAAAGCGCACCAUCCACUGGAGGAGUCAAGAAACCCCAUCGUUACAGGCCUGGUACAGUCGCCUUGCGUGAAAUCAGAAGAUACCAAAAGUCGACCGAAUUGCUUAUCAGAAAAUUACCAUUCCAACGUUUGGUUCGUGAAAUUGCGCAAGACUUCAAGACCGACUUGCGUUUCCAGAGUGCAGCUAUUGGUGCUCUCCAGGAGGCAUCCGAGGCUUACCUCGUCGGCCUCUUCGAGGACACGAACUUGUGCGCUAUUCAUGCCAAGAGAGUAACUAUUAUGCCCAAGGAUAUCCAACUGGCUCGGCGAAUUCGUGGCGAGCGUGCUUAAAAAGUGUCAUUUACUACAUACAUAACAUUUACUACUACUACUAUUAUUGAUAGUUUGAUCUUGAUAUUACUAUUCAUAAUAAUGGAUGGAAAUAUACAUUCAUUCCAAUCCA